AUAACAAUACACAUUGUGUAGUCUUGAAAUUUUCUAUGAUAUGAUACAAUAUACUGAAGAACAAGUCCAAAUGUAUUGGUUUAUUCUAACUUUUCACUCUUUUGUUAGAUUUAUUACUCAGUUAUAGAGUUUUCCUGUAGUUAUGAACAGUUAUACAAGCUUAACAACAUUUUUAGGUGGCGACAGUUGCCAUAGCUACACUGUUUGAGUAAAAACACAAACCAAAGCAAGCACAGUUAAAACAGACUAGUAGACCAGGUGACACUCUAUCCUGCAACUUCAAACUGGAUAAUAUGUCUUCUGCCGAUUCUUCAUCUGACUGUCGCGAUGACAAAAUUAAAGAUGCAAAGAUCAUCUUUGUUGUGGGUGGGCCUGGCUCUGGAAAGGGCACCCAGUGUGAGAAGGUAGUUGCAAAGUAUGGCUACACCCACCUGUCAUCUGGAGAUCUGCUCCGUGCUGAGGUGUCUUCUGGCUCUGAGAGGGGCAAGCAGCUCCAGGCCAUCAUGCAGAAGGGAGAGCUUGUGCCCCUGGACACAGUCUUAGACAUGAUUAAGGACGCCAUGAUCGCCAAGGCUGAUGUCUCCAAGGGCUACCUUAUUGAUGGCUACCCCCGUGAGGUGAAGCAGGGCGAGGAGUUUGAGAAGAAGAUCGGCAAACCCUGCCUGCUGCUGUACGUCGAUGCCAAGUCAGAGACCAUGGUCAAGAGGCUUCUGAAGCGUGGUGAGACCAGCGGCCGUUCUGAUGACAACGAGGAGACCAUCAAGAAGCGUCUGGACUUGUACUACAAAGCAACCGAGCCAGUCAUCGCCUUUUACGAGAACAGGGGCAUUGUCAGGAAGGUCGACUCUGAGCUGCCAGUGGAUGAGGUCUUCAGCCAAGUCUCCAAGGCUAUUGAUGCACUGUAGUAAAACAACAUAACUAGAUGUGUCUGGUUGUUGUUGUUUUAUUUUAAUUUUUUUAUUUUGUCCGUAUCAAGGACAAAAUAUGAAGAACAACAGAAAUAAUACCCAUCCCACUCAUGUUGGUUAAAAAAAAAACUGAAGGCCCUUAAGGAUCAAAGAUGCCUUAACUCUACUCCUACUCCAGCAAUAGGAAGUUUUAACAGUGAUGAAUCUGCUUAAAGCAGCGUCUGAAAAUCUAUUUUUUAUUAUAUAAGGCUUCCAUUCUGUGCUGAACAUGUAUGUGAAGUAACAUCCUAAAAGGCACAGUAUACAGGAGGUGUUACACAUCUCUUAACCUUUUAGGUGCAAUGCUCACUCUGGGGCAAACCUGCACUUUACGCAAUCUCUUUUUCCCGCUUUAAACAGAGUCCAGAGUUUAUAG